UAGAGCCACAGAGUGAUACUGAGAGAGGCAAGUGGAGGGUGAUAGUUUUUUUUUUUUUCAGGGGAACUUAUCAAGUAAGCUGUUUGUUUGUCCUCCCUUGAUUUAUUACCUGAAGCCCAGCAUACAUAUAAAAACACUGAACGUGAAGUGCAUCAGUGUGCUCGCAAGGCUGACUCUCAGCGGAGAAGGAGUUAAAACUUUUUGGAUUACAGUGGUUGCACUUGAUUCACUUUUUGGACAACUUGGAUACAAUCCUCCUGAGUUGCUGAAAAAAAAAACAUGGCACAGGGACAAAAGAGCCCCGGCUGGGCAUUAACCCAGCACCCCUUCCACAUGGCAUUGGGCCUGUGGCUCCUUUCCUUCCUCCAUCUCAUCCUCAGUGUGUCAGCUGCAGACGAAUAUGACUACUACAGCUGGCAGUCGGACAACUUUCACAAUGGCCGCUUCUACACCAAACAGCCCCAGUGUGUGGACAUUCCGGCUGACCUGCGUUUAUGUCACAAUGUGGGCUACAAGAAGAUGAGGCUGCCCAACCUGCUGGACCACGAAACCAUGCCCGAGGUCAAGCAACAGGCGGGAAGCUGGGUGCCUCUCCUGGCCAAGCGGUGUCACGCCGACACGCAGGUCUUCCUCUGCUCGCUGUUCGCGCCCGUGUGCCUGGACCGGCCCAUCUACCCCUGCAGGUCACUGUGCGAAGCAGUGAGAGACAGCUGCGCUCCCGUAAUGGAGACUUACGGCUUCCCCUGGCCGGAGAUGCUGACGUGCGAUAAGUUCCCCAUCGACAAUGACCUAUGCAUCCCUAUGCAGUUCACUGCCAACCACGCUACCCAGCCACCAGUGUCAAAGGUGUGUCCCCCGUGUGACAACGAGCUGAAGGCAGACAACAUCAUGGAGCAUUACUGUGCCAGCGACUUCGUCCUUAAGAUGAAAAUCAAGGAGGUGAAGAAGGAGAAAGGUGACAAGAAGCUGAUUGCAGCCCAGAAGAAGAAGAAAGUACUGAAGCAGGGUGUACUACGGAAAAAGGAUCUAAAGAAGCUGGUCUUAUACAUCAAGAAUGGCGCCAACUGUCCGUGCUCGCAGCUCGACAGCCUAGGCUCUAAUUUCCUCAUCAUGGGCCGCAAAGUGGACCAGCAACUGCUACUCAUGUCCAUCCAUAAAUGGGACAAGAAGAGCAAGGAGCUUAAGUUUGCCAUCAAGUAUAUGAAGUCCCAUCAGUGUCCAACCUACCACACAGUUUUCCAGUGACAACUCGAUGUCACUUUACACAGUAUCCAUCUUAACUCCACGUGCUCAUGAUUAUUUUUUCAUUAUUCACGCUUGAUUCCACAAUCCCCAAAACAGGGUUAAAAGACUGUUUGUAAUGAGUUAAAGCUUUUAUUUUGUAAUCUUUCAAAUAACAUGGGAAUGGGGUUGCACCAUUUUUGUUUAUUGUCUCAAGUAAUAGAGCAGCUUGUUCUCAUGGCAAUUUAGUAGGAUAUUUCACAAAACAUAACACACUGUAAUGAGGGGAUGAUUGAUGUAUUAUUGUUGUCUGCAAUAUUAGGCGCACCUGACUAUAAGCCGCCACCCACCAAAUUUUACAUGACAAUGACAUUUGUUCAUAGAUAAGCCGCACUGGACUAUAAGUCGCAGUCGUCCUCACUGUAGUAUGGGAUAUUUACACCAAAAGAUAUAAACCAGUAACAAUUUAUUUGACAGCUACAAUACCAAUUAGCUGCAAAGCUUCAGGAAGCUUCAUUUGGCCAUCACUGCUCCCUUGCGGGAGACAGUAAACCUCUACUUCCACCUGCUGUCAACACUGUCAUCCAACAUGCCUCCUAGCAUGCAUUGCAGUGCUAAAGAUGUAAAUAACAAUCAACAUUCAUGUUCUGUGCUAAUUAUUUCUUCAGUUACUGUUCCAGUUGUUUCAUUAAUUGCUAGAUAUGGUAUUUCGUAACACUUAAUUUGACAGUGGCAACAUAAGACUGUCAUAAGACAAUUAUCAUUAUGUAAUGACACUGUCAUGCGCAUUAGUGGAAUCUUAUCAUUUAGGGUCAUCCGACAAAUUAUCUCACUUUUGAAUGGAUGUAAAAGAUCCAAGCUGGAGUUAGUGCCUUAAAUUGCCGGAUGACACUGAAUGACGUCUGUCAUAAUCAUCCAGUAAUUUCCAUGAUAGUGUCAUGUCAUACUUAUGACAGUCUCAUGACAAUAUUAUGACGCCACUGUCAAAUAAAGCGUUACCUAUUAACCCAAAUAAAUCAACAAAUAAGCUGCAAUGGACUAUAAGUCACAGCUGUCCUCACUUUAUUAUGGGAUAUUUACACCAACAGAUAUUAACCGAUAACAAUUUAUUUGACAGCGGCAACAUAAGACUGUCAGAAGACCAAAUGAACCACCAUGAAGCUUUGAACCAAUUAGCUGCAAAGCUUCAUUGCUUCAAGAAGCUUCAUUUGGCCAUCGCUGCUCCCUUGGGGGAGACAGUAAACCUCUACUGCCACCUGCUGUCAACAUUUUUGUCAUUCAACAUGCCCCCUAGCAUGCAUGCAGUGCUACAGAUGUAAAUAACAAUCAAAAUUUAUGGUCUGUGCUAAUUAUUUCUUCAGUUACUGUUCCAGUUGUUUCAUUAAUUGCUAGAUAUGGUAUUUCGUAACACUUAAUUUGACAGUGGCAACAUAAGACUGUCAUAAGACAAUUAUCAUUAUGUAAUGACACUGUCAUGCGCAUUAGUGGAAUCUUAUCAUUUAGGGUCAUCCGACAAAUUAUCUCACUUUUGAAUGGAUGUAAAAGAUCCGAGCUGGACAUGAAGUUAAUGACAUAAUUUGCCGGAUGACACUUAAUGACAUCUGUAAUAAGUAAGGCUGUCAAACGAUUAAAAUUUUUAAUCGAGUUAAUUACAGCUUAAAAAUUAAUUAAUCGUAAUUAAUCGCAAUUAAUCGCAAUUCAAACCAUCUAUAAAAUAUGCAAUAUUUUUCUGUAAAUUAUUGUUGGAAUGGAAAGAUAAGACACAAGAUGGAUAUAUACAUUCAACAUACGGUACAUAAGGACUGUAUUUGUUUAUUAUAACAAUAAAUCAACAAGAUGGCAUUAACAUUAUUAACAUUCUGUUAAAGCGAUCCAUGGAUAGAAAGACUUGUAGUUCUUAAAAGAAAAAUGUUAGUACAAGUUACAGAAAUUUUAUAUUAAAACCCCACUUAAUGUUUUUGUUUUAAUAAAAUUUGUAAAAUUUUCAAUCAAAAAAUAAACUAGUAGCCCGCCAUUGUUGAUGUUAAUAAUUACUUACACAAUGCUCAUGGGUGCUGAAGCCCAUAAAAUCAGUCGCACCCAAGUGCCAGCAGAGGGCGGCAAAACUCCAUAAAACACAACAAGUGAGCGUUUCACUGUACUGUCAUUUAAAUCUGUCUCAGCGGGGCAUCUGCGUUAAUUGCGUCAAAUAUUUUAACCUGAUUCAUUUUAAAAAAUUAGUUAACGCCCGUUAACGCGAUAAAAUUUGACAGCCCUAGUAAUAAGCAUUCAGUAAUGACCAUGAUAGUGUCAAGUCAUGUUAUGACGGUCUUAUCACAGUCUUAUGACACCAGUGUCAAAUAAAGCUUUACCUAUUAACCUAAAUAAAUCAAGAAAUAAGUCGCACUGGACUAUAAGACAGAGGAUUCUCAAAAUGAGGGAAAAAAAUAGUGUCUUAUAGUCCAAAAAUUACGGUAAAUCCCCUAGAACAGGGUAUAUACAGUUUUAUUUAACAUAGUUCACACCCCUAAUGAUAUUCCAGCAUUAAUCCUAGCCAUUUCACCUAAACCCAAAACCAUGAUAUAAAACUCUACCCUAACCUCAAGCUUACGUGACCCCAAACCUUCAUCUCGUAGUCAUCACAAUUAUCAGUGAAAACCUUAUGUUCACACAACCUUAAUAUGAAUUUCUUAGAAUGCAACAGUUAUGUAACAGUGUUGCAGCUCAGCUUUUUCUUUCUCGAUUACAACACCUGCACUGACACAACUUAAGUUGUAUUAGUAAAGUUAUUGUUGAGUAAAUGUAUGCUUGCUUAUCCAGUUUUAAAAUAAACACGUACAUUUGACCUUAUUUUGCAGGUGACUAAUUUGUUGUAGAGUGUGUGCCCAACUUGACUGAAGGCUACUAAAUAUUUUUCAUAUAGUGUCUUUUUUAUUUUAUGUGUUGCUGUAGGGGAAUGACAUUGAUUGAAGCGGUCGUUUUAUGCUCCAUCCUACUAAAUCAUCAUGAGAACAUACUGAGUGGAUUCCAGCAAUUGCACAAUAUCUGGCAGAGGUUUAUGCAAUUAAACAGUAUAAAUGGAAAAAAUGUAUGAUCAGAAUUCCAAGUGAAAUCAUGUUUAUUUUAAUUUUUAUUUUCAAUUGAAUGAUUUUUAUAAAUGUGGACUGUGCAGCACAGUGCUGCAGGAAGAAAUAACAGACAGCUGGCAUAGUUGAUUUGAAUGCGUGACUUAGAGAAUUUCCAUGUAUAGAUGAUUAGGACAUCAUCUCUCUUCAUUGGGGAUGAUGAUGAACUGCGCAACAAGGAACGCAAGAGACAAAAUGAUUGGAGGAUGCUGCUAUCGACUGCUUUUUGAAAGAUGGAAACUUCCAUCUUAUUGCUAUGAAAGAAGAAAAGAAAGUUCCUUAGAGGAGGCCAAGUAAAGAGACUCUGGAAGGAGCCACUAUGUCAUUAGUACGCAUUGUUGUUUUUUUUCUUUUUACUCUUCUUUACUUCAUUGUUUAAAUGUUCUGUGGUAUGAUAGAAAACCUCAUUUAUUCACAUAAACAUAGUGCCUAAAUUCACUGUUCUUACUGCAACAAAAGAUGACAUUUUUAACCAAGACAAUAUUUUUUAAAUCAGUUAACCUGUUAGUAGUUCUGUUACUGAAAUACACCUGUGUUUUGAACAAUGUAAAAGAAUAAAGUAUAUUUGAAUUUUUAAAAAAUUUUUUCUUUUUACAAAGCUUGUGUUCAUGUUAUUUCUUCUCAUUCAUGUCUGACUUCUUGCUUCCUGUCCCUUGCAAACAUAA